AUGCGUCCUUUUAUCAUUUCUAUUCUUUUGGCUGGUUUGGCUACCGCCAGCAGGGCCGCCAUUCAACCCAGAGAGGAGGUCGAUUUUCAAAUGUUCCCAGUUACAGGACCCAGAUGUUGCGGCCACGAACUCGUAGAAGAUAUCAAUGGCCGUUGCAAGUCGGCUGGUCUAAAGGCAUAUUGUUGCAGCAGGUACAGAUCUGAUAUCACGAAUGGAUGCGAUGGUGGCGACGUAAGUUUUAAAGUGGGACGCGAGGUUCAAGUUGCUUGGCUGGAGACAAUGUCGAAAUGUGUGGCGAAUAAUCAACGUGGGUUUGUUGGAUGUACUAAAUAA